CAGAAGAGCCAGGCAGGCAGAGAGUUGUUCCUAUAUUGACAACCCCGAUUGGAGAAACGAACGACGUUGGUUGCCGUACUUGAGGAGUUCAGUUCUCACUCUGGCUCCGAGCUAAACUCAUGUCCUACUCCUCAACGGCUCGCACAAACUACCCGUCUCAACUUCCCCACCCCAACAACAUUUCUACACCAUUGUUGCGUUGAUCUCUCCAGGCGUGGAAGGAGUAGUACCUCUGUGGGACGAGGUACAUACAGUACCAGAAAAAGCAGUACCUCUCCACUACCACCACCAGUAAUAAUAAUCAGCAGCAGAGUACAAGUCAGAUCACCAUCACCUCUGUAUAAUACGACUCUCAACCACUGCACUGUAGCGGUGGGAUAACAACCACCAAACCAACCAUCUCUCGUCAGUUCCCUUCUGAUGAGCCUCGUGUGUUGACUCACGAGCGGACGGUCACUUUGUAAGGACUGCUACAUAAACAGAGUCCGAUAAUAGGAGGACUUGUCUUUUAAGACAGUUUAAUAAAACGCGUGGAUAAAAAUUGUGAGGAAUUUGUACAUCACUUUUUUUUGAAGGAAGAAGAAAUCGACAAGUUGAGAUAAUGAGAUUAAUUUAGACCAGCUACACAUAUUCAUUCGGCUGAGCUGGGUGCUGCUAAAAAGUGACAAUCAAAACACAACACAGGUCUCUCUCAUCAUCAACAUUGAAACGGUUUUACUUACUUUUACCGUAACACUGUUUCUUCUGGUGUGGUCAGGAGGAAGGAAGGAAAGACGGAAGUGUAGAGAGUGGACAUAACAAUUUUUUUAGUGUGCAACUAUAUUGGUGGUUAAAUUGUCCAGUGGAUAAGAAUUGAUUCAGAGUGAGUAGAUAGUAAAUCAGCAAUUAGUUACAAUUAGCACUUGGUUCGAAAAAGACAAAAAUUACUGAAACUGAAACCGACAGUAUUUCCGUGAAAGUAUUAUCGUCAUUCUUCUCCUCCUUCUUCUCAGAAUUCAUUCACAGCAACAACUUUCCCUUACAACAAAAAUAAGAAACUGUUCUACUGGAGAAGAAGAAAGUGUUUACAUCCCGAGAAAAAAGUUAUAAUAUGACCCAACAACCACACCGAUCAGUGAACCAUUCCUGGUAUAAUUGUAAAAAUAGUAAGAAUAAUUUUUCCCGUCGAACCAUCCUCACUGGUUUGGCAGCAGGGUGUGCAGCAGAAGGAGAAGACUUAGUUUUGGUGUGAUAAGCACGUUCGGUAAAUGAAUCUCAGGACCGUUUUUCGGGUUUCUCAUGCUGACCGGGACUUAGGGAACGAGGUAUGGAGAGGAAGAGGCAGCUCUGACUUCCUGGCUCAACAUCAUCGACUUUAUCAUAGAGCAACGCUGGCUGAGAAGGAGGUGACAUCGUUGAAGGAAAAAUUGGCGACGCAGAGUGGCUCCUCGGGCGCAGCAGCAAUGGCGCCUCCACCACCAGACCAAGAGGACAGUCUCAUCUCUUCUCAGCAUGAACUCGCGGCCAAAGACAAAGAGAUUUCCAGUUUAAUAGAAAAUGUUCAAAGGCUUCAGUCCUCGCUGAACCAGAUGCGUGAGAGUAGUGCCACAAAAAUUCGGCUGUUGGAGGAUCAGUUGGAGCAGAAGCAGGACUUGAUAUCGAGACUGGAAGCUCGGCUGGAUUCCCAAAGAGAUUACGACGAAUUAAAACGAGAGCUCAUGUUAAUGAAAGGCUCACCCCUCAACGACCCAUCAAUCAACGGAGUCGAUUCCAAAGAUACCAAAGACAACAACAAGAGACCAAGUUCUCCAAUGAUGCCAGCCAGAUUUCUCUUGGGACCCGCAGCAGCCGCCCUGCCCGUGGAAGCUUUCGGGUCCAUUCUGGGCGAUGAGAUUGUUCACCAGUGGCGACGUUCUUUGGAACGAAGUCUCCUCGCCUCGUCUCCACCUGGCCUGCACCAUCAAACCCAGCAACACGGCGGGGGUCACCACCACCACAUGAACAACGCCGAGUCCCCUUCGCCCCCUCCGCCACAGGACGAGUCCCCUCACGACAGCGAGUCCAACAUGAACAUGGACAGGGAGUCCAUGCUCAACGGGUCGGUGGGGGGUGGGAAUGGGGAGGGGCGACUCCCCUUUCGCUACGAGGACUCCCUCAUCCCCAAGAGUGACCCGAUGGAGGCCAAACUGCAAGAAAUGUUGCGACACUCGAUGGACAAAUUUGGCUCCCAAUGUCUCGACACGCUGCAAAUCGCUCGCCGUGUCCGGGAACUCUUAUCCAUUCACAACAUUGGGCAACGUCUCUUUGCAAAAUACGUACUAGGCCUGUCCCAAGGAACUGUUAGUGAACUCCUUUCAAAACCAAAACCGUGGGAUAAACUGACUGAAAAGGGACGCGACUCGUACCGUAAAAUGCAUGCAUGGGCGGCAGACGACGCUUCUGUUCUGCUUCUCAAAUCACUUAUCCCCAAGAAAGGUGUUGAAGGAAAAGAUGGCAACAAUUUACCAGCCUCCUUCCGAUGUGAAGACUCUGGAGCAGAAGAUCGCAUUGCGCACAUUCUCUCAGAAGCAAAUCAGGCCCUGCAGCAGCGAAGUCACAACAUGAACAAUAGUGGGACUCAAGACUCAUUCUGUGAUGAGAGUGGGGGCUCCAAGUCACCCCUCAGCGUCAACAAUAAUGGGUGCAAUAACAAUGGGCAGUGUCCCUCCCCCCUCAGCACCUCCUCUGCCCGAGACCGCGAGCGUGAGAGGAGGAUGAGAAAGUAUGAGAAUGACGACAUCCCUCAGGAGCAAGUGGCUCGCAUUUAUCAGGAGGAAUUGGCAAAGCUGGCCGGAAUACGAUUGCCCCAUUCCUUGGAUGACCCGAGGAUACCCCGUGAGCACUAUCAGAGCUUGUUGUUCCCUCACCUCUUUGGGGGUUCCUUGUUGGAACGAGAGGACAUACGCAUGGCGUUGGAUGCCUAUCACAGGGAGUUAGCUAAAUUGGCUGCUUCAUCCACAUCCGGCUCCUCCCCUCAAUUUCCCCCGCCACAUUUCCACCCCGGUGCUCCACUCCCAAAUAUUAAUGGGCUUAGCGGUGCUCAAGAUCUGACCAUGCCGAAAAGACUUUCCCCAUUCGACACCAAAGACAAAGACGACAAGUCGGACAAGGACGAUGGGUCGGACAUUAUGCGACACGUGGGAAGUGCGUUUUCCUUGGUACGACCUAAAGGUGAGCGAGGCGACUUGAGCGUCGGUGAAUCAAACUCUGGUGCACCUUCACCCUUAAACUCAAUUCUUCCCCCGUCAAAUGCGGACGACUCUUCCAACGCUUCCCCACUGCAACGUAUGGCAUCCAUCACCAACUCCCUCAUUUCUCAGCCCACCGCUCCAUCCGUGGCAUCACCUAAUCAGAGACCUUUGAAGGCCGUGCUACCCCCAAUCACCCAGCAACAGUUCGAUCAGUAUAACAAUCUCAAUACUGAAGAUAUUGUUCGCAAGGUUAAGGAGCAACUGAGUCAAUAUUCGAUCUCUCAGAGGCUUUUCGGGGAAUCUGUUCUCGGUCUGUCGCAAGGUUCCGUCAGUGAUUUAUUGGCCAGACCCAAACCAUGGCAUAUGCUCACACAGAAGGGCAGAGAACCAUUUAUUCGUAUGAAAAUGUUUCUGGAGGAUGAGAACGCUGUCCACAAGUUGGUGGCUUCACAGUAUAAAAUUGCUCCGGAAAAAUUGAUGAGAACCGGUGGGUAUGCAGGAAAUCCAACUCCACUUACUUCCGCAAAAGUCCCUGCGAAACCGGCCGAGCUGUCGAUUAAGGUUGAAACGUCAUCUCUGCCACCGCCACCUCCACCAAUGCCCUCUACACCUCAGCAGAUCGUUCCAAACAUGGUUCAUGACUUUAUCAAGAAGUCAAACUCCUCCUCUCCUGGAAAUUCCAUUCCAAAUUCUGCUUCUCACCAUCGACCACCCCCACCAGGGCUGCAGCCUCAGCCCAGCGUGUAUGAAAUGGCAGCCCUAACCCAAGACCUGGACACGCAGCUCAUCACGACAAAAAUUAAGGAAGCCCUUCUUGCCAACAAUAUUGGGCAAAAGAUAUUUGGUGAAGCGGUGCUUGGUCUAUCGCAAGGAUCUGUGAGCGAAUUGUUGUCCAAACCAAAACCAUGGCACAUGCUGUCCAUCAAAGGAAGAGAACCAUUUAUCAGGAUGCAACUCUGGUUGGCUGAUCCCUUAAAUGUUGAGAGGUUGCAACAUUUGAAGAACGAGAGGCGUGAGGCGAAUAAGCGGAAGAGGGGACUCCCCCACUCGAACUCGCCCAUGGACGCCUACGGUUCUGGGACUCAAGGCUCGUCCGAUAACUCCAACGAUUCUCCCAACGACUCGUACAGUCCAGGAAGUAGCAAUGCUGCAGCUCCGCCAAACAAAAAGCAAAGAGUCUUAUUUUCCGAAGAGCAAAAAGAAGCUUUAAAACUCGCAUUUGCUCUGGAUCCAUACCCAAAUAUUGCAGCUAUUGAAUUUUUGGCCCGUGAGCUGGCACUUUCCUCUAGAACAAUCACAAAUUGGUUCCACAAUCAUCGAAUGCGAUUAAAGCAGCAGACUUCGUCCCCCUUAGUUCAAGAAGCUUCUCAGCCGUUUGAUCCUGUUCAAUUCCGGCUACUUUUGCAUCAGAGGUUACUGGAGUUGCACAAGGAUAAGUUCCCAAUGUUUUCAUUUAUGGGACAACAGUCCGACCAGUCUAUUGAGGAAGGCCUAGAUCUCACAGUUAGUAACACGGCAUCAAGGGUGCACUCAGACGAUGACUUUUUCGAAGAGGAAGAUGAAGACGAUGACAAUGAGGGAAGUGUUGCAAGUGAGGAUUCGUGCGCAUCUAAUUCAAGCAGAACGCUUCACCGCAAAAGAAAGUCAUUAUCCUUGUCAAUGAACUCGCUACCCGAAAAGUCCAUGUCCGCAGGAGGUAAGCACGGAGUAGCUCCUGGUUCUGGUUCUUCCCGUCGGAAGCCCGUUGCCCCACAAUGGUUCAACCCCUCAUGGCAUGACGACUCUGACGAUGAGGAAGUUAUCAACGGUGUCUGUGUGUUUCAAAACGCGAUAAACUACAGUGGCAACAAGGAAAGGCCUGAACCAAACUCACCGUCCGAGGCUGUCAAGCCGAAAUACGUCGAUUCUCGUGAAGGCUCAAUUGUUGGUGGUAAAAGUGACGAAGAGGAAUCUCAUGAACCUCAAGAAGCGAAAGUGAAAGCAGAAAAGGAAAGUACUCCGGAACAGAAAGACAUUAUUCCAGGUGCUCAUGCCGCCACCGUCGCCGCCGUCGCCGCCGCCGACGACGACGAGGAAGAAGAAGAUGGCGACAAGGAGGAAAAACGAGAGCAAGUCCAGCUAAAGGAGGAAGUCGAGAGCGAUGAUGAAAAUGGGGAUUAAAUUUCUAAGACUGCUGUUGAUAGUUACCCGAGUCUGGCCCCUAUAAUAUUGAAUUACCCCAAAAAUAGCCACACACCUUCACACACACCUGCACACACUCAAAGAAGAAGAAGACAAAGACAAUUUUUUGUGUAAGGGCAUGAUUCCCGUGGCCAGGUCAUCUUGAUGGCAACUGCAACAAAAAGAGUACUAAGAUAAUUUAUAAGUGUGUGGGGAGAAAGAAAGUAAAAAUUUGUGCAAUGUAAAUGCAAUUAUUCCCGUGAAUCUCUACACCUUGGUAUAUACAAUAUACAUACAUAAUAUAUCAUACCCUUUGUAACUACUACCUUUAUAUUGACAAAUUAAUGCAGUUUUAUUACUACAAUGUUAUGCAAGUUUUUCACUUUCAAAGUACUAAUAGGCGUAUGUAUACGUAGUGUAUGUGUAGUGUAAAACACGCCUGUAUGUACUGUUGAGACGAGACGAUGCUCGAUUUGGAGGUGAAGGUAGAGAGUCAAUUUGCUAGUAUUAAGUUAUUACAUUAAUCGGUCUGCUUGUUAUUAUUAUGAACCACACGACUUCAUUGAUUACGAUACAAUGGAAUCUAAUUUUGUGAUAUUCAUGACUUUACCCAGUUAUAUGUUAGUUUACAGGACUAGUAGUAGCAGUAGAAGUAGUGAGUCGUCUCUGUAUCAGGCUUUACAGUACACGUCGACGUCGUCGUCCAGAAUUCCUGGGGUCGUGACAUUGCGUAUGCGGAGUAGUUGACGUGGAAUGGAAUCGUCAAGUUUUUUACUUGAAAAGUUACGAUUAUUAUUAUUAGCAUUAUUAUUAUUAUUAUUAGCAAACCUUAACUAUGACUAUCACCUCUUGCGGUUAUCAGUAUAAUGGAGUUAUAGAGAUCGUCAUAUACAUACAGCCGCUUAAUGAUGUAUACUGCUAAAAAUUACCAAGUUACGAAAGUUAUCCAUUUGAUGAACCAAGUGUACACAAACACACAUGAAGUUACCCAUAUUGCAUCGGUGUCAACGGUGUCCAGUCCAAUCUCAGCUCCACGGUGUUCGCUCACAGUUGUAAUCUUUAUUUAAUUCUACACUUGUCCUCCUCUUGUGUGUAUAUGUAGCCACUUGAUAACCUAAGGUCAGUAAUUCGCUCGGUGUCAACAUGUCCGUCGUCGUUGUCAUCCUCAACUCAUAGGAAUUUUCAGCUCCUUCUUGUCUUCCUGCCUUUUCUGUUCUGAAUUAUUGGUAAUUAAUUACGUAGCACCAACACACGUGGCGAUUUAAACAGAUACAAAUGUACUCUUCGAAACGAGACGAAACCCCAUUUUCUAAUUAUUCUCUUACUUAUCUUAUCGCAUACUUGCUGCUAUACGCAACCCUCCAUCUCUUUAUCCCCCAUUGGAGAGAUUCCAUUUAUACAAAAAAAACUAUACUCGCCUCUCGACACGGUCACAAUUCGACUCUUUCAACCAAAAAGAGGUUUUUCUUUACCGUAUAAAACUGUCUAAUUCUCUAAAACUUAAAAAUACUCAGGCCUGAAUUGUGAGCCGUUCCAUUGAAAAUUACAUGUAAUACUCUUAUCAUAAAAGUAUAUUUUUCAUAAGCGGAUGAUCUAAACUCACUCCCAAUUAAAUUAACUUCGGUGUCAGUUAAGUAGUUAUUUAUUAUAAUGCGUGAAUUUGGAUAGCUAAUCAUUCAGUGCACUCUGUGUUUUAAUACCGUUAUCAUUAUUGUCUUGGUGGUUGGUUAUACAUAGAAUAAUACGAAUUUCGAAAUACUCAAUAUGCAUAAAUAUGCUGCUAAAUACAUCAUUAUUUGUACUCAGAAAGUGCGAGUAAUGAAGUGUUUCAGUAAUAUUCAGCUUUCUCCAAGUCAUGAAUUUUACUUCAAAAUUACUCGUAAAACAUUUCCAAAACUGCACUUUGCCUUUGGUCACUUUAAAGAAACUUACUUUCACCAAAUUGUUCACCAAUUGACCUUCUUCCCAGCCCAGUCUUCCUCUUUUCCCCCCGUCUUCAUUUCAUUAUCAGAAUAAUGACAAUUACAGCUUUAACUUUUAUCAUGACCGGUGAAUUUCGUUUAAGAGAAAAAAAGUGACGCUGUACCCUGUACCUGUUGUACCACUAAUAAAAUUAGUACAUUUGUCAAAAAAUCACCUGCACAGACAACCAACUCAAUAAUACCAAGAAGAAGAAAGAGUCUUGUACUUUCCAAAUUUUAGGAGAAUAAAAAUCUCCUUAUUCAUUGUUCGUCUUGUAUCUUACACGCUCUAAAAAUAUGUGUUGAGACUGUCAUCAAGCACGGAAAGGUCGUGAUUAUAUUCACUUAAUGGUAGCAAUUUAUGGCUUUACAGUUCGGAAUCGAAUAAUUAAAUUAAAUGAGUGCAUGCAUGCAUCCCAUGCAGAAAGAAGUGCGAAGGAUCGCAAUUUACUUACAUACUUAGCUGUAUGAGAAACAGUAGUGCUAAACUUACUUUAAGUUGUAAUGGUUUUAAUGAAUGGACACAAAAUCACGUGGAUGUAGGUGUAAGCUUACGUAGGAGGAGGAGGAGGAUAGAGUAGCAAUUAUAAAUUUUAUUUUUCAUAUCCUUUUAUUUAUUGCUGUGCUUAUUACGUAAAUAUGUAGUACCAUUUUAUAUAUUGCUAGUUCAUACACAUUUUUAGCUACUAGUUACAUACAUACAUUUAUAAGUAAAAUGCAUAUUUACACAUGUGUAGCUUGUAGCUUUAUUUAAUUUUACCUCGUAUUGUAUCAUUGUUUUAAGCUUUUUUGUGAAUUAUUGAAUAUUUUUUCUCGGUGUUUUAGUACAAGUACCCACCAUGCAUUUUACAUGUUAUGUAAAAACAAUAGCAUAAUUAUUUGAUUUUAUAUCGUUAUAUUAUUAUUUCGAAAUACAUACGUUCAACGCCGUCUUGUAUAACCAAUCAGUUGAUGAUAAACGAAAUGAUAUAAUCUUGUAUUGAAAUACAACUUGCCACAAUGCAAUUUUAAAAGAAAAAUUCAGACUUGUUUGCUAUUUUUUUUUAUUUGUCGCUUUUUCAUAUUAUUUUUAGUAACUUUUCAUUUGCUCAAUAACCUUGUACAGGAAAAAAGAAACUCUUUUUUUCAACGUGUUGGUCUUCGAAUUACGCAUCGUUUUAUAUGGAUUUUUAGGUCCCACGAAGCAAUUAUUAGGUUUCUGCAUGAAUGGAUUACGUAUUUAGGAAUAAUUACGAAACGAGCAUGAAUGAAGGAGUUUGGGACAAAAAAAGAGAGGACUUCUGGACCAGCCGUAUGAUAGUCAAGAUGAUAAUUAAUUAGUAAGUCUUGUUAUAAUUACACAAUAAAUCUCUCUUUACAUACAUAAUAUUCGUUUUCAAUGUAAAUACAUACGCGCUCACAAUCCCAGCACAGAGUCUGUUGUAAACCCAAAUUGGUACUUUUUAUGUCUAUACACUUCGGAUGUGCUUAAAUAUAUAGAUUCAAUAAAAUAAUGGAUAUGAUACAAUUUUUUGGGGGAAUUUCUCUACGAUACAAAAAAUUCUGAGGAUGAGACAAAGGAUAAAUUUUGAUUUUGUAUUAAGAUAUCACAAUAGUUUGUACAGUAAAGAUUUUGUAUGAAUGUUAAUUUUUAAGUACAACACUGACUGCCCGAACUGGAUGAUGAUACAAUAUGAAAUCUAGAAACGAUGAGAUUACUUUUUGCUAUAUCAGCAGCGUGCGGUAUUCACCGGAAAAAAUUAACCAAUCUUCAUAAUUACCCAACAAAAAAACGAACGAUUAAAAUUAUCGCAUUAUAUGCAUUAAAUUAGUUGACAUGCAUACAUAAGUGGUAACAUAUACAUACAUACCUAUGACAUUUAGAUGAUCUUUACAUUUCCACUAGAUAAGAAUCACCUUAACUUCAUAGAAAUUUCAUAUCAUGCAAUCAUUCAUGCAAUUUUCUAAACUAUACACUAAUUUCUCUGUUGUUUUUUCUUGACCUAAAUUUACCUAGUUGUAUAGGUAUUAAUUAAUUAUAAAUGUUUGAGAUUAACACUUAAUGUAAAUAUCUAAUAGUUUACAUGGUUAUAAUACGUAACAAUAUUAACGCCAUUGUUAAUACUAGCGUAGAACAAUAAUCAAUCAAAUUUGUGUGAAACUUAAGAAAUGAAGGAACUGAUGAUGUCACGUCACACACACUCAUGUUCAGUGCAAAUAAAAUACGUCAAAUCAAA